GCUUCUGCUGCACAGCGGCGGCGGCGCGACAUUACAAGACCAAGCAAGAAGAAGAAAAGAAGUUAGAAAGAGAAAAUGGAAAAACGUUGUAAAUUAUGGCUGCCGAAGAAGAAAAGAUUCUGUGCAAAUUGUCCUCUCAAUGAUUCUCCGUUUUGUGGUAAUCACACGGUCAGACCCGACGGAAAAUGGGUUCCUUGCCCAGUUGAUCCCUCACACAAUGUUCUUGAAGAAAAUCUCAAAGGACAUGUUAAAAGAUGCCCAUUGGUUAAGCUUGCUAAUACUUUAUCACUCCAACCCUUCUACCAAAAGGCCAUCAAUGCCGGUGGCAACAAAGAAGAUGAAGAAGAUAUCAUCAUUACAUCCCAGAUGAAGAGGGAUGCUGUUUACAGUUUGACUUCUGCUGAUGCUAGUAGAUUGAUCAAUAAGAUUAAGUCUGUUCAUGCAUCAAUUUGUAAAGAUAUUCAGGAUUCUUACAAGAUACCCGAAGCUUGCAGUGUUUGGAUUAAUCGACAAGUUGAUCAGAAACUUCCCUUCCAAGAGAAACAUGUUCGUCAACAAGCUUCGAUUCUUGGGAAUUUGGAAGAAAUUGGUGCCUUUAAGAAUGACUCGAGUUGUAGACAAGAAGAACCAGCUGUGGUUGAAUUUGGAGCUGGUAGAGGUUACUUAACACAAAUGCUUGCAGAUUGUUAUGGAAUCAAGAAAGUUUAUUUGGUGGAGAGGAAAUCAUACAAGCUCAAGGCUGAUCGAAGUCUGCGACAGAUUGAUUCUAUGAUAUUAGAACGCUUGAGAAUCGACAUUGAGGAUUUAAACCUGGAUGGUGUUGAAGCUUUAAAAGGAACACCUUAUUUAGCUAUUGGCAAACAUUUAUGUGGUCCUGCAACUGAUAUGACUCUCAGAUGUUGCCUCUUGAGUCGUGGUGACGAAAAACAGGUUAUUGGCCAUUGUUAUCCGAGAGGGGUGGCGAUAGCAACUUGCUGCCAUUAUCUUUGUCAGUGGAAGCAUUAUAUAAGCAAGAGUUACAUGAAGAGUUUGGGGAUAAGUAAAGAUGAAUUCAAUGCAAUCACAUGGUUCACUAGCUGGGCUGUGGAUGCGGAUCACAGUAGUGAUCUUCCAGACGGGGUUGAUUCUGGAUUGGAGUUGGAGAUCAUGUGUUCAAGGGAAUAUUGUUCUUCGGGAGGAGCUGAAGUUGUGUUUGGAGAAAUGACUCCAACCGAGCGAGCAAUACUGGGAUUCUUGUGUAAGGAUAUUAUAGACAUGGGGCGGUUGAUGUGGGUUAAAGAACGUGUUUCUGAAGCUCGGCUUGUCAAGUAUGUUCCUUCUAACAUUUCUCCCGAGAAUCGCUUAUUGAUUGCUAUUGAUACCAAAUUGAAUGAGUGAAUGAACGAGUUUGAAGUUCUUUAUGUUGUUGCUAAAGCUUCAUUGAAGCGGUUUUUGACUAUUAUUCAUUGUCUUGUUUCCAUUUACAACAUAUUAGGUAGCAUUUGUUUUUUUGUUCAUGUAAGUUUGAUAACUAAUUCUAAUUAUACUGUUUCUUAUUGGAUUGAGAUUUGGUUUAUCGGUUACGAGAUUAUGAAUCUGAUUCGAUCCAUAAUUUCUAUAAGUUUAAAUUGGGACUUUUCAUU